AUGGCCGACUCUCGCUCCCCGAGUCCCGACUCAAAUGCGCCCCCUCUCGCCCACCCCAAGGUCGUGUCCUUCCGUCAAGAUUCCAUCACUCUGUCACGCCCCAGCCAGUCCAACGAUCAGAUGAACGAGCACUCGCCCCUUCUGCGGCCACGCCAGUCCGAAGAUGACGAGAACGGCCUCAAGUCCGUCGUAUCUCCGCUCGCUAGCGAUGACAGUUGGAACGGCGAAACCGAUGAGGAGACCAAGAGCAGCUGGUAUCUGCUGCUGUUGACGCUGGCAGGUGGAGGCUUGCAGAUAGCGUGGUCCGUAGAGCUUUCGUAUGGCUCACCGUAUUUAUUAUCUCUCGGGCUCAGCAAGUCACUACUGGCCCUCGUCUGGAUUGCAGGGCCUCUAUCGGGGACGCUAGUCCAACCAUAUGUCGGCCUGAAGAGUGACCACUGCAGGUCCAAAUGGGGAAAGAGAAGGCCGUUCAUUGUGGGCGGUGCCAUCGCGACCAUUGCAUCACUCUUCCUCCUGGCAUGGACCCGAGAAAUAGUUGGAAAUUUCUUGGCAAUCUUUGGCGUUGCUAGAGACUCACAAGGCACUCGGGUCAGCACCAUGGCCUUUGCCGUCUUCAUGAUCUACGUCUUGGACUUUGCCAUCAACGUCAUCCAAGCUGCCAUUCGCGCAUUCGUCGUCGACAAUGCUCCGACGCAUCAGCAGGAAUCUGCCAAUGCCUGGAUUAUGCGCACGACGGGCACCGGCAACAUCCUUGGUUAUCUGUCAGGUUACGUCAACCUGCCCAAGCUGUUCCCAUUCUUUGGAAAUACGCAGAUGAAAGUCCUGUGCGCAAUCGCAUGUCUCGCCCUCGCCAUCACCGUCGCCAUCAGCUGUUCGGCCAUCUCGGAGAGGGACCCGCGACACGAGCCCGAACCUGCGAGCCAGGGCGGCGUGAUUUCUUUCUUCACCAAUCUCUACCACUCAGUCCGUCGCCUGCCGCCGCAGAUUGUGCGCGUUUGUCAGGUCCAGUUGGCGGCCUGGAUUGGAUGGUUCCCCUUCCUCUUCUACGCGACCACCUACAUUGGAGAGAUCUACACGGAGCCGUACUUUGAAGCUAACCCACACAUGUCACCGGAGGAGGUCGACAAGAUCUGGGAAAAGGGCACCCGCAUGGGCACGCUGGCGCUCUUCAUCUUCGCUAUAACCUACUUUGCCGCGAGCAUCAUUUUGCCUUUUAUUGUUGCGCCAACAUACAAGGCACCCUUGCCGAAUCCGACAACGCCCAUGACGCCCACGACACCCGGUUCCAUGUCUGCGAGCGGAUACUUCAACUACAAGCCGCAGAAGCACCAAGCCAAGUCGCGCUGGCAACGGUGGCUCGAACUAACUAAUCACCUGCAGAUCCAAUCACUCACACUCCGCCGGGCCUGGCUACUCUCGCACAUUGUCUUCACCGUCCUCAUGUGGAUGACGAUUCUGGUGCGGAACACGACGUUUGCAACCAUUCUGGUAGCGCUGGUCGGUCUCCCCUGGGCCAUCACGAACUGGGCGCCUUUUGCGCUCAUCAGUGCCGAGAUUUCCAAGCGCGACGCCAUCAGGCGGGGACUCGCGCGGCCGCCGCCGACGCGCGAUGGUGCUCUGCUGGCUUCGGGCGAGGACGACUCGGCGGACCGCGCGGGUGUUGUCUUGGGCAUUCAUAACGUUGCGAUUGCGGCGCCCCAGGUCAUUGCCACAAUCGUGAGCUCGGCGAUUUUCCGCGCGCUGCAGAAGCCGCGCGGAACUCCGGGCGACGAGAGCGUCGCAUGGGUGCUGCGGUUUGGCGGGUGCUGCACUUUGUUGGCGGCGUGGUUGACAAGACGUGUAGGUGAGGAGAAUGUUGAUGAGAGAGGAGGCGAGGGAGGCGGAGAUGGUGGUGCUGGGCGUGGCCGGUUCACGAGGUUGAAUGCGGACGACGACGAGUAG